GGCGGCGGCAAAAUGGCGGCGCCUGAGGAGCGGGAUCUAACCCAGGAGCAGACAGAGAAGCUGCUGCAGUUUCAGGUUGCUGUUUGAACCCCUGGAGAAAGAUGACAUGGACAGAGAGAAGGGACUAAAGGAGCUAUAUGCAUGGCCAGUGGAGGAAGAAAUGAUCCCUUUCUACUUUUGUACAGAUGAUCUGACUGGCAUAGAAUCUAUGGAUCAAUGUCGCCAUACCUUGGAACAGCAUAACUGGAACAUAGAGGCUGCUGUACAGGACCGAUUGAAUGAGCAAGAAGGUGUACCAAGUGUUUUCAACCCACCUCCAUCCCGACCCCUGCAAGUUAAUACAGCUGACCACAGGAUCUACAGUUAUGUUGUUUCGAGACCACAACCAAGGGGGCUGCUUGGAUGGGGUUAUUACUUGAUAAUGCUUCCAUUCCGGUUUACCUAUUACACAAUACUUGAUAUAUUUAGGUUUGCUCUUCGUUUUAUACGGCCUGACCCUCGCAGCCGGGUCACUGACCCCGUUGGGGACAUUGUUUCAUUUAUGCACUCUUUUGAAGAGAAAUAUGGGAGGGCACACCCUGUCUUCUACCAGGGAACGUACAGCCAGGCACUUAAUGAUGCCAAGCGGGAGCUUCGCUUCCUUUUGGUUUAUCUUCAUGGAGAUGAUCACCAGGACUCUGAUGAGUUUUGUCGCAACACACUCUGUGCACCUGAAGUUAUUUCCCUAAUAAACACUAGGAUGCUCUUCUGGGCAUGCUCUACAAAUAAACCUGAGGGAUAUAGGGUCUCACAGGCUUUACGAGAGAACACCUACCCAUUCCUGGCCAUGAUUAUGCUGAAGGAUAGGAGAAUGACUGUGGUGGGACGGCUAGAAGGCCUCAUUCAACCCGAUGACCUCAUUAACCAGCUGACAUUUAUCAUGGAUGCAAACCAGACUUACCUGGUGUCAGAACGCCUUGAAAGGGAAGAACGAAACCAGACCCAGGUGUUGAGACAACAGCAGGAUGAGGCCUACCUGGCCUCUCUCAGGGCUGACCAGGAGAAAGAAAGGAAGAAACGAGAGGAGCGGGAGCGGAAACGGCGGAAGGAGGAGGAGGUGCAACAGCAGAAGUUGGCAGAGGAGAGGCGGCGGCGGAAUUUACAAGAGGAAAAGGAAAGGAAAUUGGAGUGCCUGCCCCCGGAGCCUUCGCCUGACGACCCUGAAAGUGUCAAGAUCAUUUUCAAAUUACCCAACGAUUCUCGAGUAGAGAGACGAUUCCACUUUUCACAGUCUCUAACAGUAAUCCACGACUUCUUAUUUUCCUUGAAAGAAAGCCCGGAAAAGUUUCAGAUUGAAGCCAACUUUCCCCGGCGGGUGCUGCCCUGCAUCCCUUCAGAGGAGUGGCCCAACCCCCCCACGCUGCAAGAAGCAGGACUCAGCCACACAGAAGUUCUUUUUGUUCAGGACCUAACAGAUGAAUGACAUUUUUUCUUCCUCUCCCCUCCUACCCUAAUCCCUAAAAGAAAUGGAAAAACAAAACAAAAACAAAAAAAAAAGAGAGAAAUUCAUAUUAUUAUUAUUAUAAUACAAUAUUUUUUUUAAAAGACUGCUGCAUCCUAAGGAAGGAUCAGAAACCAUGCUGCCUAAAAGAGUCACCACCUGUGUGCGCGCACACGAGGUCAGCAAUGAACGUUUGCGCUGGUGAGCCCACCCUCCCCUACUGCCUCUGCACCACGCACCUUCCAGCGAAAGGAGACUCUUCACCUCCAACCCAGUCAUUGUCCCUACUGGGGAAGGGGACAGUCCCACUAGUUCUCAUUCGUUCUUGCUUUUAUGGAAAAUAAAAGUGAAAAAACCUCCAUCAUCCAGCUACUGCAGCAUCUCCUAAAGACUUGCUUCUCCCACCACCGGAGAAGAGAGGGAAGAGAAGACACAGAACAGAGAUGUUCCUUGAACUUCCCACAAUUUAUAAAUAACUUCUAAAUGUUUUCUGUUGCUUUGUAAUGACCAAAGGAAUGAGGCUGACAUAGGUGUUUUUUUUCCUUAACUUUAUUUGAUAAGAGCCAAUUCUUAAGCCCAUGAGUUCAUGCCCUGGGCUCCUUAGCCCACAGAGUGUAAUAAAGGUGCCCUGGGCUGGUUUGUGCUUAUUUCUGCCAUUGUUCCUCUCACAUUCCCAGAGAGGUGGUUCUUUUUGGUACAACUCUUGCUGUCCUUUUUUGCUAUCUAUGUGCCCCCCCUUUGAGUAUUGGGAGGAAAUCUGGGUUCGUUGCCCCACAAAGUCUGUACAGAUACACCCAUAUAUGCGGCGUGAACUCUGUGUAUACUCACUAUACACUUGGAAUCUGUACCCAGGUGGUUAUUACAGGAUCUGAACCAAAGGAUAGCGACUCUUCAUUCCUCUUCUGACAUGUGCAUGCUCUCCCUUCCCAGCCCUGAGCUUUCCUGAACUGCCAAGCUUGGUGUUUCCCAAAGGAGUAGCAGGACCUAUGGUAGAGCCUGUGUAAACUGUUGGAAGGCACAUUUAGUUUCUGAUGUAGCCACCUGCUGGAGGCAGUUUUUAAUCCUCUCUAUUGCUGUGUUGAAGUAAUAGGGUUUUUUAACCUCUGGAUAUCUGUUCUGUGGUUGAGUUUAUGGUAAUAGGUACAUGGGUCAGGCCAUGUAUUAACAGAUGCCAGCAUGAGCUGGCAAAUAUUCCAAAGUGUUCUACAGCUAGACUGGUGCAGACUCGUAACACUGCAACCUACUGAAGUAACUGUAGUUCUAGCAUGCUGUGAGGCCAGGGGUUCAUAUCGAGAUAAAACGUAACUUGGUAGAUUUGCAGUUUCCAAAGGCUUUCUCUCUUGCUUACCUAAAGUCUAAGGGCCACUCUUUUAGGUAGCAGUGAUGUGUCUUCUCUUCUCUGUAGCCCUCAGGGGUUAGGGGGCAAACACCAAGGAACAGAGUAAGGAACCUUACACAAAGCACCUGGGGAACCUGGGAAUUUCCCAGUGGCCUUGGCACAGGUGUCUAGAACAUGAUCUUUAGGAAAAUUUAAUUCUGCUCCUGGCUGCCUAUUAUUCCACUUUGUUUCCUGCUGCCUGGAGCCCAGAUGAGUGGGAAAUCACUGACCGACUGUUGUGUUGUCAUGAAAGGAAUCUGGAGUGAAUACCAGGAUAAAGCAUAUUCUCCACUCAACCUUAUGUGAAUUCUGCUUCCUGCUGACAACCAUGCAAAGAGGAAUUUUUCCACUUAACUUGGAGCCUCCCUCCUUGUUGAACUCACAGCUGUUUCCCUGGCAGUACACAGGAGGGGAUGAUAUUAAGGGCUUUCGCUAGGUUGGGUAUACCAAGUAUCUUGCCCAUACCUCUUUGGGAAGUUGUAAAACAUUUUCCUUAAUUCAGUCUGCAUCUUAUUCUACAAUGUGCACUUUAUGUCUCUUGCCCUUUUAAAACUUGUUCGGUGAAGGAGGUCAGAUGCCAGGAUAUUAAAAAGUCUGUGUCGGUACAGUUCUUAUGAUGGCCUACCCAAUACUUUAGGUUUCAAGAGGUCUUAUCUGAAGCACAUGUUCCUUCCUAGUCCAUCUUGAAACAGGCCUGCUUUGCUCAGACACCUCCCCCCCCCCAGCUUCCUGUCUCCUUGCUGACCCUAGGGCUGCUGCCUAGGUGCCAUCUCCCUUCCUCCUCUGUAAAGGAUGCACGUUUUGUCACUUAAAGCCAGUACAAUCUGUUACUCCCAAGGACCUCUGGGAACUUGAUGGGACCUGCAAGGGAGAAAGUACUGAGAAGUAUCUGCAAGGAUUUCCUCAUUUCCAGAUCACCUCUGGGUUAUUUCAGCUGUUUAUCAAACAGCAAGUCAUCAACCUAACAAAAACACUUGGUUCAAGUUGUGUCCUGCAGUCCCAAAACUGUAGUUAUAGAUUCAGCUGAAUAACCAUCAGAAAUGGCCAAGCAAAGACAACCUGUUGGAGUCAGUUGAAUUUCUGCAGCCUCAGUGGGGCCUUUCUGGUCUUUUCUUUCACUUCUGCAGAAUUUCCUGCAGCAAAUACUUCUUUGUCCUUGUCUUCUUCCACUAUGAUGUUUGGAUAAAAUAUGACCAGAGGAGAAUAUUUAUCUCUUAAAAAAAGAAAAAGGAACCUAGAAUCUUCAACUGAGCGGUCAUGAAAAUUGCUAAUGGUGCCACAGCCAAGGAAAGAGUUUCAGAAAAUGACUGUGGGAAGGAGUGAUAACCCCCAGAAUGCAAAAUCAGGGGAGAAUUAUCUGGUGCUUGAACAAGGAGCUCCACUUUACAACUGGUUUUUUUAGAACUUGUGAGGAACGCAGCAACAGGAAAUCCAUCCACAAAGGAUGCAGUGCCCCAACUUGUACUGCACCUGAAUAGUUACGUGAUAAUUUACUGAAGAAAUCUAGUGUACUUUAAAUUUUUUUCAUAAAAGUUUACAUUGUAUUGUAGGUUAACAUUAAAUGUUUUAUAACAAAAA